AUGGCCAGACAAGAUGCCACAAUGAAAAAUCUUAAAAGACAAGUGGGGCAAUUGGCCAGACAACUAGCUAAACGACCAACUAAUACUUUUCCAAGUGAUACAAUCCCUAACCCAAGGGAGGAAUGUAAAGCUGUGCAGUUGAGAAGUGGCAAGAUAGUUGGAGAAUACAUUAAGGACAUCAAUAAGGAGGCAACAAAGCCAAGAGAAGAUGACAAAAUAGACUACAAGAAUGAUAAAGAGACACAACCCUUUAAGAAAGGCAAGGAAGUCAUGAAGUCACAACCAGAGGAAAGGAAGGGAGGAGUGAAGCCUUAUGUACCCAAACUCCCCUACCCACAGAGGCUACACAAAGAAAUAAGGGACCAACGGUUCCCUAAAUUCCUGAAAAUCUUUAGGAAACUUGAAAUCAACAUUCCACUGGCUGAAGCUUUGGAGCAGAUGCCAUUGUAUGCAAAAUUUCUUAAAGAGCUGAUUUCCAAGAAGAGAAGCUGGCAGGAGAAAGAAACUGUGGUCUUUACCCAAGAGGAAGAGGUUAAGCCUAUAAGAAUGUCAUUACAACUUGCUGACAGAUCUCUCAAGAUACCAAAUGGAGUAGUGGAGAACCUAUUAGUGAAAGUUGGAAAAUUCAUUUUCCCAUCUGAUUUUGUGAUCCUGAACAUGGAUGAGGAAGGAAACAACUCAAUUAUUCUUGGAAGACCUUUUCUGGCUACUGCUAGGGCAAUCAUUGAUGUUGAGAAGGGAAAAAUGGUUCUCAGGGUGCAUGAGGAACAAAUGGUUAUCAAUGUUUUCAAAGCAAUGCAAUAUCCUACUGAGAAAGAAAAUUGCAUGAGGAUUGACAUGGUAGACACUCUGGUUGAAGAAGAACUUGAAGUGGAGUAA